AAUAAAACACAAUUGAGUGUCUCGGAUCGAUCAUCCGCACGUGGAUUAUUGUGUGACUCACAAUUUCACCACGAAUGAAUCAUCACGGUCGUAGGGAAGAGAAAAGACUCAGUUGCAAGGAGAAGAAGUGUGAAUUCUGAAAAACUGGACCAUGUCUUCGAUUGCAACCGCAACGGUCAUAGGCACUUUCUCAACAACUCCAGCUUUGAAUCGCACUGCUAGACUCACAUUUUGCGCCAAUUUUACUUCCAGAACCUUCCUCGCAACUCCACUCUCUUCCAAUCACUUCCUCUCCAACCUCCCUCGCACUUCUCCUAAGCGAUCCCCAACCUCCCGUCACUUCAAGCGUUUUUCUCCUGUUAUGCAGUGGCAGGAUUGCACGGUUAAGAAGGAGGUUGAUGUGCCGGUGUCUGUAGCAUAUGCGUGUUAUUCUGAUCGUGAAGCCAUCCCGGAAUGGAUGCCCUUUAUUUCCACUGUUAAGAUAUUGCCAGACAAACCUGACCUAUCGCGAUGGUCCUUGAAAUAUAAGGCAUUUGGUCAAAAUAUUGAGUUCUCUUGGCUUGCUCGUAAUAUGCAGCCCACUCCAAAUCAGAAAAUUCAUUGGCGAUCUCUGGAAGGUCUCCCCAACAGAGGCGCUGUACGAUUCUUUCCAAAAGGUCCCUCUUCAUGCAUAGUUGAACUGACGGUUUCUUAUGAGGUUCCUCAACUUUUAUCUCCAGUGGCAUCCGCACUGCAGCCUUUUCUUGAAAGUUUACUUCAACGUGGUCUGGAAAGAUUUGCUAAUUUUGCAAAAAGCUACAAAUGAUUGUCCUGAUUUUUAGGACUACAUUUCGGAAAAUGAUCAUAUGCAAUUAUUUCUGUCCAAACACUGAUUGAAUUUCACAAAGAUUUGGGCACGGUUAUCAUGCCAGUGUUGGUUAUCCUAUUUUUAAAUGUUAGUUCCUCACAGCUCUGAUGGAAAUCAUGGUCUUGAUGCACAAAACAAACACAUCAACAUAAUGCAGAUGAGCUGUUCUUAAACCUUACAAUUCCCCCAACCUCGUGGUACUGCUAUAAAUUCAGAUACACUAUCAGGAUCUGCUACCCUUCAAGGUGUAGGGUUAUUUCUCUGUAUUUUUUGUACUUAGUAAUGCAUGCAUUUCUUACACUUUUUAGAUUUAGAUCUACCUUUGUCAGCUCCUUUAAGUCAUGUGCCCAUACUAGUUGUACAUCAUGUAUUUCUAUACAAUAAUGCAAAUGAAUCUUAAUAA